GGUUGUACUUUCCUGUGUUCGCACCGGUCCUGCCCGGCGAGGGAAUCCCAGCAGCUGAUUGGACUGUUCUGGUUUUACCACGUCACACGGGCCGUCAGUAUAAGUGACAGAGAGAGUCACUGAUUCACAUCACAGCUUCACACAGGAAAGAACACACCUCACACUUACAGCAUGCCGCUGCAGGAAAACACAACAAUGGACAAACCAUCCAUGGACAGACUGACUCACAGAUUAUAUCCAUCACUGCCAAACGUAGACAGCUAUGACCGGUGUGUUGGUGAGAAGCUUCCAGCAGCAGCAGCGGAGCUUCGUCCUGAGAGGCUGCAGGAGAACAAACAGUCGGACACGUGCGGUGCCGACGGCGACCACCGACUGAAAGCUCAGAUGCUGAUCUUGGUGGAGCAGAGGAAAGAGCUUAUUUCUAUCAAUGACAAAUGGGCAAAAGAAUAUCAGACCAUGGUGCGGUUCUACAGAGAGAAGGUCCGACAAUUAAAAGCAUCACUGCAACAAAACCACAGUCACGUUGAAGAAGGCCUGUGUGAAGAAGGAGAGAAACACGUCACUCUAUGUAAAAAACCAAAACUCAAGACGCCCGAUAACAAAGACGACAAACAGACGUGCGAUGAUGCUGACGUCAACUCUGAGCUGAUGAAAGUGGAAAAAGAGGCGUGGGAGCUGCGAGGGCAGAACAGCACGCUGACCAGGAGGGGGCAGCAUCAGAGCGAGGAGAUCAAGCGAUUGAACAAGGCACUAGAGGAGGCUUUUCUGACGUCUCCACCUCUGGUUGGAAGCAGUGAAACACUCCAGGACUUGUGGAAACAUCAGGCGGAGGUUUACAGGGAAGACUUUCUGACGGAGCGCAAAGACAGAGAGAAGCUGAAAGAAAAAUACCUGGAGCUGGAGAAUCGGUUUAAAAACGUUCGCUCUGAGCUGCGUGUCCUUAAAUCUCAGGCGACUUGGACUCCGACGCCGCACCCCGUGCUUGAGCGUGUCGGCUCAAAUCGAGUCAAACUUCCAAACCAGCCCCUGAACCAGCAGUACCUGCAGGUCCAGCGGGGACAGCUCUCUUGAAAGACAACUUUACUCUUUUUGUGUGAUCACGUUUUUUCUGCACUUUAUGGAGGAGGAUGGGUGAGACUGUGGGAGUUUACCCGGCAUCAUAAUGACGCCUAUGCACCAGUCCGGGGCCUCAUUCCAUGACCUGUUUGGCGAGGGAUGAAAUAAACAUUUCCCCAAGAGGAGAGAAGAAGCAAAGAGCGGAAUAAAACCCUCCGAGCGUGAGAAGUGUAAGAUACGAACCCUGCUGCAUUUACAGUUUCCUCCUCCUCCUCCUCCUCCUCCUCCUUUGUGACACACAUCCUCAGGGAGAUAUCAGUUAUUGCACAAACCAAACACUAUUGACAAGGAUGUUUACACACCCGCACACACACACUUUCACUAAAGUGAAAGUCAUGUUCUGUUUUUCUGCCUAAUUUGCAGUGUAUUCACCUGGUUGGUGUAUUCAGCCAGUUUCUGUGAAUCCGUGUUGAUUCAGUAUUCGUAGAUUUGCACCUGAAAGGAAAUCAGAAGAAUAAACAGUAACACUUAUUUAUGAUCGUUUGAAUGGAUUUUGUUUUUGUCGUCACAUGUUUUACUGUCUCCUUGUCUAUUUAUCACAAAUAUAAAUCA